CGAAAAGAAAAAGCAAAAAGAAACAUUAGAAAAGAAAACGGAAGAGUGAACUACAGAAAUUGCUCAUCUGUGGGCUACAAUGUGGGCGAUGGCAUUUUCUUGGCUGCAUUCUUUUUGGGGAAAAUCCAUCAGAGGAGAUUCCUUAAUUCAGAAUUAACACAGAAAUUCUAUCGCUUCAUUUGUAAAUUCCAUCAAAGUAGUUUUAAUACUCUACAGAGUAGAAGCUACACAAACAAAAUUCAAAAUUGAUGUUUCGGAAUCUAAGAACAAUAAAUUUUUGGUUUUUCUUUUUUCUCUAAAUUAUGCUGCAUCUAUUUCGAUAUCUAAGCCGUUUGCAAACCGUAUCCAGACAUGCAAAAACCAGCAGAAAUAUGUCCCAGAACACAUCUAAGCUUAAGACCAAUUGCAGCGAGAAUAAAGUUGAAAUUCCGAAGGACGAAACGAUCAUUUGUGGCGGCAGUAAAUGCAAACCAAGGAAAAAAAUACCGUGCUCACCGGUCGGUGCAGGUGCAGUGCAGGCAAGCAGCGAGGAUUUGCUCAUAAGUCGUGAGAAAAAAUGUGUCAUGAUCAACAAGAAGCAAAAUCUAGCGACAAUUCAAGGGGGCGGCAAGACACGUGAUCCAUGCAAACCACCGAAAGAAAAGAAGCCAAAGCACAGUGGUGGGGGCAUGAAGCGUUGGCGCAACAUAUCCCUAUUUGUCAUACUGCCAAUGGUGGCCUUACUGACGGCUCUCGUAUUUAGCACACAUAAAGAGCACGAGCAUCCAGAGUUUCUGUAUUAUCCUCACAUGUACAAGCGAACGAAGCCCUAUUGGUUCAAGGAUGGCAAUCGAACUGCUUUUCAUAAUAGCCAUCAGAAUGCCCUACCACCUGCUGGCUAUGAGGAUGAAAUAGAUGAGCAGGGAGUUGGCCAGGAACCGGAGACGGAAAAGGACAAAAAGCAACGGAUAGGCGAUUUUGAGAAAUUACUCAAAGACUGGGAGAAAAAUGGCAGCGGAAGUGCUGCUCAUGUUAAGCCAGAGGCCGUGGCUGCUGAGCAGCACGAGACAGCCGCUGAGACUGUGCAAAAGCAUGCUGAGGCAGAGCAGAAGCAUCAUCCUGAGGCAGCAGAGAAGCCCAAGGAAGUGGAACAACUAUAUUCAAAGAAACUACCGAUCUACGAUGUUGAGGAAGAGGAGGAAUAACAUUACCGGCAAAGGAUGAGGUUCUCUUUGGGAAAUUACACCAAUAUUAUUAGGGCAGACUUUUUUCUGGCCUUUUUGGAAAUUCCAUCAAAUUGCUAAAGCAGCCUUGGGUAUUAGCCACAAAUGUUGCGCCGUAGGGUAGCCGUUUCAAAUACAAAUUUAUUGCCUACUUUAAGGCGUAAUGCUA